CUAUCCUACAGGUGAGGCGAGGGGCAAAGGGAGUGUCCUGCAUACUUGGACACAGGCUGCAGCAGGCCUCCCGAGGGCACUGGCAAUGACAUCAGUCAGCACAGGUCGGGGCACGCCUACAGCUCUCAACAGCUCUCAAGAUCGGCUCAGAACUGGAGCACCUUGACAGGCUCCCCUGGGGUAUACCAGAGAUAAAAAGUCACUCACCCCUGUACCCCUAAGGAGGGACUCUCAGAGCUGGGUGGUACUGGGGUUCUGGUCUGACCUAUUGGGACGAAAAAGGAUGUUUAUUUAUAUCUGCAGCUUUAACUGCUGUCAUCCUUAGGGGCUUGCUUCCCAAAACUGUGUUGCAAUUCUUGCCCCUGUGGGCUCAGGUCCCCAGUCAGCUGCUCCUGAAUCACCCCCAUUGCUGGUACAAGAGCAUUGCUCCACCAGCCAGCCCUGGGCCUGAGUGGGAAGGACAAGUGUGGAGACCCAUCCUGCAGACUGUGGAUAGGGAUCUCCCUCCAAGUCCCUGACCUAGGCAAUCUGUAGCUUCUUUUGUACUCUUUAGAAAGGCAAAUCUGGACCAGGGACCAGAGCUGUCUGACUCAUGUCUCCUCAUAAGAAAAUCCAAACAUCUUCGUAUUCCAUAUAUAUCUUAUCUUGUUUUACUUUUCAGGCAAGUACUCCAUUGUUCUUACAAUAAAGGCUGACUUUUUCCUUGGUGAGGCUUUGCAGUGUGUGUACCUUUCAAUCAAAACACCAAAAACCUAACUUUAAUUUAGGGCAAUUUCCAGCCUUUAUGUUAUGAACAAUUCACAGCAUACUUGAAAUAGAAUACUACAGUCAUUAAGUGUCCACUGCCUUCCUCUCUCCUACUCCUUCAUGAAAGUCUUAAAUGAGCUUUGAGGUCUCAAGGCCUGGAUCAGUGGUGCUUGAGUUGGGGACAUGGCUAGAUCAGAGGUCCCCAGCUUCCCCUGUCAGCAGCCAGCCUCAUCUGUGACUCCUCUGCUCCCCUCCUUUCUAAAGAGAUGUCAGUGUGGGGGUCCUGGAGAUAUGGCAGCUUUGUCGUAGGAGAGCAUCGUGUUGGGCACAAAAGUAUAGCCCCUACACCACCUGUGCACCCAUCAUGGGCACGCAGCAUUCCCAGGUGGGACAUGGUAUAUGGAUCUAGGAACACUGGUCCAGAAGUCAAAAGUACUGGAAGGAAUCACAGCUCUGAAAAGACAGUCUCUGUUAAACUACCAGGGCUCUCAUUUUCAAGAAAACUGCAGUCAGUCUGGAGUUGUAGCUGUUGUGGCUGCCCAUUGCCGUCAGCGCUCAGAGCCCCAAGAGCACGAGCCAUUCUGGGGCCUAGGCCAGAGCAGCUGGGAGUUCCUCCAGACCCAGUGCCAGAGCCUGGCUGGGAGCACAUCACCCUUCCCUCACCAAGCCAGGGCGCCUGCUCGCCAGGACUGCGGGAAUGCAGAUGGACCCCUCGGCCAAGUUGGGGAGCUCUACACCAUUCUCCUCUCACUCCAGGCCUGGCUGCAGCAGUAUGGCUACUUGCCCCCUGGGGACCUACGUACCCACACGCAGCGCUCACCUCAGUCCCUCUCCGCUGCCAUCGCUGCCAUGCAGAGGUUCUACGGCUUGCGGGUAACAGGCAAGGCUGAUGCAGACACCAUGAAGGCCAUGAAGCGCCCCCGCUGUGGUGUUCCAGACAUGUUUGGGGCUGAGAUCAAGGCCAAUGUUCGAAGGAAGCGCUACGCCAUCCAGGGCCUUAAGUGGCAGCAUAAUGAGAUCACUUUCUGCAUCCAAAAUUAUACCCCCAAAGUGGGUGAGCAUGCCACAUAUGAGGCGAUUCGCAAGGCCUUCCGAGUGUGGGAGAGUGCCACCCCACUGCGUUUCCGAGAAGUACCUUAUGCCUACAUCCGAGAGGGCCACGAGAAGCAGGCCGACAUCAUGAUCCUGUUUGCUGAGGGUUUCCAUGGUGACAGCACACCCUUUGAUGGUGAGGGGGGCUUCCUGGCCCACGCCUACUUCCCAGGCCCCAACAUCGGAGGGGACACCCACUUUGACUCUGCUGAGCCCUGGACUGUCCGGAAUGACGAUCUGAAUGGGAACGACAUCUUCCUGGUGGCUGUGCAUGAGCUGGGCCAUGCUCUGGGCCUGGAGCAUUCUAAUGACCCUUCGGCCAUCAUGGCACCCUUUUACCAGUGGAUGGACACGGAGAACUUUGUAUUGCCCGAUGAUGACCGCCGGGGCAUCCAGCAACUUUAUGGGAGUGAGUCAGGGCUACCCACUAAGAUGCCCCCUCAACCCAGGACUACCUCCCGGCCCUCGGUCCCUGAUAAGCCCAAAAACCCCACCUAUGGGCCCAACAUCUGUGAUGGGAACUUUGACACCGUGGCCAUGCUUCGAGGGGAGAUGUUUGUUUUCAAGGAGCGCUGGUUCUGGCGGGUGAGGAAUAACCAAGUGAUGGACGGAUACCCAAUGCCCAUUGGCCAGUUCUGGAGGGGCCUGCCUGCGUCCAUCAACACUGCCUAUGAGAGGAAGGAUGGCAAAUUUGUCUUCUUCAAAGGAGAUAAACACUGGGUGUUUGAUGAGGCUUCCUUGGAACCUGGCUACCCCAAGCACAUCAAGGAGCUGGGCCGAGGGCUGCCUACUGACAGGAUCGAUGCCGCUCUCUUCUGGAUGCCCAACGGAAAGACCUACUUCUUCCGGGGAAACAAGUACUACCGUUUCAAUGAGGAGUUCAGGGCCGUGGACAGCGAGUACCCCAAAAACAUCAAAGUCUGGGAAGGGAUCCCUGACUCUCCCAGAGGGUCAUUCAUGGGCAGCGAUGAAGUCUUCACUUACUUCUACAAGGGGAAUAAAUACUGGAAAUUCAACAAUCAGAAACUGAAGGUGGAGCCCGGCUACCCCAAGUCAGUGUUGCGGGACUGGAUGGGCUGCCCAUCGGGGGGCCGGCCAGACGAGGGGACUGAGGAGGAGACGGAAGUGAUCAUCAUCGAGGUGGACGAGGAGGGCAGUGGGGCCGUGAACGCAGCUGCUGUGGUGCUGCCCGUAUUGCUGCUGCUCCUAGUGCUGGCAGUGGGCCUCGCCGUUUUCUUCUUCAGACGCCAUGGGACCCCCAAGCGACUUCUGUACUGCCAACGUUCCCUGCUGGACAAGGUCUGACCCCCACCGCCCGCCCACCCACUCCUACCAUGAGGACUUUGCCUCUGAAGGCCGCAGCAGCAGGUGGUGGUGGGUGGGCUGCUCCUACCCGUCCUGAGCCCCAUCCUUCCAGCCUUCCAUCUCUUCCUGCCUGGCCUCUCCCACCCUCACCCUGGCGAUGCUUCUUCCCUAUAGGUAGCCCCUGAGGGCUGAGCAGGAGGGCAGCCCCUUCUAGCCUCUGGCACUCAGGCGAACCCUAGAGCUUUGUGUGUGUCCAGCCCUGUCUGAAUAUCGUGGGGGCUCUGCACUUGAAGGCAGGACCCUCAGACCUCACUGGUAAAGGUCAAAUGGGGUCAUCUGCUCCUUUCCUAUCCCCUGACUUACCUUAAACCUCUGAACUCUGACCUCAGGAGGCUCUGGGCGUUGCAGCCCUGAAAGCCCUGGGUAUACCCAAUUGGUAGCCUCCCACCACUCUUUGGCUGAAAGGAAUCUAAUCUUGGUGGAUUCCCUGAGGGAGAUGAGGGGGAAAGAUUGCUCCGCCACCUUAAGACCUAGAAGGAAAACUCAAGGAGAGUCUUGGUGGCUUGGAGAGUCACUUUCCACAAAGCUCCUGCCUGCCCACCCAACCCUGGAAAACGUCCAAAGAAGGAGCCUGAGCCAUUAAGGAUUAAGCUGGGGCUGAAGAAACCCUUGGCAGCCCUAACCCCUCUCAAAUGUUAGCCUUGGAUGGGGAUUUCAAGGCUGGGAGAGCUGAAAACAGGGAUGUGGCCCUGAGUGGAGUGGGCCAAGUGGGGGACCAGGGCUGGAGCCCUGGGGCGUCAGCCUGACGGACACAGAAGGAGCCUUGCUGGAGUGGCAGGCAACUAGGGCAGGGACCCGAGGCAGAGCAGUCAGAGGGGACGGGAAUGAAGCAGCAGUGGUGGGUGGCUGGGGGCUGUGGUACCUAGGGGAGCUCUCAGCAAGGGCCCUGAAGACACACUGGCUCCUCUUUGUCCCCUUUCUUGCUGACUAGACAGCACAAGGGGGUGGGCAGGAGCCCAGAAACGGGAGCCAAGAAGGCACGCAUGCAGGGACUGGGAAUUUGGGGACCUUCCUGAGAGGCCACCUACUUGUGGGACCAGAGGAGAUUCUAGGGACCUGGCAGUCUGCCUUGCCAUGCCCAGUGGUACUUCGUGGUAGGGUCAGCUCCUCUCUUCCCUGACGCCCACACUCAGCCCACCUCACCCGUGUCCUGCCCUCCCUCUCUCCCACCCAGCCUACCCAUAUGACGUCUCCUUCGACCACCAAAGGUGGUCAUGGUACCGGGGGCUUGGGAGAAUGACACCCUGUGUUGGCGUGAGGAGAGAGGGAUGUCGGGGGGGUCGGGUGUGGGGGUAGGGGAAUAGGGUGAACGGUGCUGGAAGUUCAGCUAAAUUUCUGUCUUGUUUGUUUUUAUUUUGGGUUUUUUAAUGUAUAUUUUUAUUAUAAUUAUUAUAUAUGAACUCCAUUCAAGUCGUUCCUUUUUGUUAAGGGGCGUAGGGAGGGGUGGGGGAGGGGGGCUGAGGUGCCUGACCCCAGGAACCUGCAGGGCGGGGCUGGGUCAGUGCCCUCUGAGGAUAUUUUUGACCUUGUUCAACCUUUCCACAAAGAAUAAACUGUGUUUCACA